CACGGGGUGGUUUGAUUUGAGGAGCAUCAAUCAUGUUCGAGAAUGAAAUCCUUCAUGAGCACGACAAACUUCAACCGACUAGCUCUCCCGGCGUGCAGUCACGCGAUUCUACACACGCCUCUCUUGGUCAUGGAUUUGAGAGUAAUACUGGUUCCAUGAGUUGCACUGGACAAUGGGAACCAGAGCGUGAACAUCUUGUCUCAACGAUAAAUUGCACAGAUGAAGCUGGCGAUGAUAAUGUCGUCAACAAAGAACAUUUUUUAGUUUCACGGGCGGUACCAAAUAUCUUCCGAUACUUACGAGGUAUUUUUUCAAAAGGUGGUAGCGCAGAGGUUCCUCAGGAAGCCUUCAAGUGCGAGAUUUGCGAACAACCUACCUUGGCGUUUCGCCGUCAUUGCAAGGUACUGCUUGACUUGAAAAUCAUCUUCUCCUUCGGGGUCUCCUUGAUAGCAAUUAUGAUUGCUGUUAGCGAUGCUCCUCCUAUAGUUAUAUUUGUCUGCAGCUUGAUCGCCAUUGUACCAUUAUCAAUGACCUUGACGACUGCGACCGAAAAGCUAUGCCAGGAUCUGGGGGAAACAGCCAGUGCGCUCCUCAAUAUAAGCAUUGGCAAUCUAGCAGAAAUGAUCAUAUUUGGCACAGCCCUAAUGAAAGACAAUAUCAAAGUUGUUCAGGCAUCCCUCCUGGGCUCUAUUCUUGUCAAUCUGCUUCUUGUCCUCGGCUCCGCGAUCAUCGCAGGAAGUAUUCUGGCUCCUGGCCAGAUAUAUAAUACUGAUUUGACACAAGCAUUCGUUGGAUUACUGAAUCUCAUCGUGUGUUGUCUGAUGAUCCCGGGUGCUUUUUACGGGAGCGUCAAAAAUACAAAGUCAGCGGAUGCUAUGGCAUUGUCAUUCAAUCGGGCUGUUUCAAUCAUUCUUCUGGGAAUUUAUUUUUUGUAUCUGUUCUUCCAGUUCAGAUCUCACCCGCAUGUCCCCUUUUCUCAUUCGUCCGGGACACCUUUCCCUAGCAACGCAUCCAAUCGAAUCAAUUACGAUCGACUUCAGGAUGAGGUCUAUUCAGAUGAGGAAUCACACCCAGUAAUUCCGGGUACGGCAGCAACAAGCGUGAUCUUCCCAUCCCCAACGGAUCAAUUUCCAUGCCCCCAUACCCAACUUCCGGCACCGGCAGGCAUACACGCAGGACAAGGGCUCCCUAUGGUAAACAUCGACACUGUGGAGCGGAGUAACUCUGCUCCAAAUUUUUUGAAUUCCCGUCAGAACUAUGAUAUAUCAGGAAACUUGGAUGAUCACUACUGUGGAAACUUAGUGCUUGCGAAUCGUGCCAUCUCACUGGCAUUGUUAGUCAGCUCAACUAUUCUCAUUGCCGUGUGCGCCGAAUUCUUCGCUUCAAGCUUUCAAACACUGAAUGACCAGAAUAUUCUCGGUGAAUCAUUUGUGGGUCUAAUUAUCAUCCCUAUUGUAGGGAAUGUGCCAGAGAAUGUCACGGCUGCUAUCGUGGCAGGCAAAAAUCAGAUGGAUCUUGCAAUCAGCAUUGCCCUUGGUUCAGCUAUCCAGAUCGGGCUUUUCGUGACACCUGUGAUUGUAUUGGUCGGAUGGGCGCUUGAUAAGCCUAUGAGCUUACAUUUCGAUCACUUUGGGAUGGUGACUCUAGUUGGCUCUGCCCUUCUGGUCAGCUUCAUCAUACUCAAAGGCAAGACCAACUAUCUGGAAGGCGCCAUUCUGUGUGUUUUUUUCGCGGCUAUAUCUGUCGGGGCUUUUCUGCUACCUAUUGCUUGA